AUGGCCGGAGUAGCCGUCUCACCCGCUUGUCUGAUCGAUCUUAUCGCUGAAAUCAUCGAGAUUCCGGCGAAUACCGGGGUGUUUAAGAAGGAUUGUGCCGAUCUCUCGCGGCGAGUUUGUCUCUUGACUCAUUUGAUUGAAGAGAUUAGGGAUUCUCCGACGCCGGAGGAAUCUGAUGCUUCGUCUUCUUUGAUUUCUUAUGAAUGUGAUUGGUGGUCUGAUCUUGUUGUCGGGCUUCAAGCAGCGAAGCGUCUUAUGUCUGCAGCUACUAGCUUCCAAGCUCACGAAUCCUCUGACGGGGCAGCUAAGAGAAUCACAUUCCAGUUCCAGUGUGUUACUUGGAAGCUAGUGAAAGCAUUAAGCAAUUUGCCGUAUGGUCGAUACGACAUCUCUGACGAAGUCCGUGAACAGGUGGAACUAGCAAGGUCUCAGUUGAAAAGAGCAAUGCAGAGAUAUGGUUCUUUAAAUUCGAAGAAGUUUUCGAGUGCUCUAUCCGAGGCAAUGGAGAAAGAUUCCUUGAUCAAGACGAAGAGCAAAGUCACUGAGAAGCUGGAGAGUAUUCCAGAAACAGUGGAUUCCAACAUUCCUUUAUCAGAUGAGAAGAAAUUCGAAUCACCGCGUCGAAAAAGCUCUUCCAUUUCCUUGGCCUUUUUAUUAUCAAAGGAUGCUGAUGAUGAGAGAUCAGAGAAAGGAAUUACCAAGAACAACGAUGACUCAAAGAAAUCAGACGAACUCACGAUCCCAGAGGAUUUUCUUUGUCCAAUAUCUCUUGAACUGAUGAAGGAUCCUGCUAUUGUUUCCACAGGACAGACAUAUGAGAGGUCGUACAUACAAAGAUGGAUAGACUGUGGAAAUCUGAGAUGUCCGAAGACCCAGCAGAAACUCGAAAACUUUACUCUAACUCCAAACUACGUUCUCAGAAGCCUGAUCUCUCAGUGGUGUGCUAAGCACAACAUUGAGCAACCAGGUGGUUACAUAGACGGUAGGAUCAAAAACCGUGAUGGGUCUUUCCGUGAUUUAAGUGGAGACAUGUCAGCGAUCCGAGCAUUGGUUCGAAAGCUCUCUACCCGAUCAAUCGAAGACCGCAGAACUGCGCUUUCCGAAAUCCGUACUUUGUCAAAACGAAGCACAGACAACCGGAUUCUGAUUGCAGAAGCAGGAGCCAUCCCUGUUUUGAUCAAUCUUUUGACCUCAGACGACGUUGAAACGCAGGAAAACGCUGUCACUUGCGUUCUUAACCUCUCCAUAUACGAAAACAACAAAGAACUGAUAAUGCUUGCAGGAGCAGUCACAUCUAUAGUGCAUGUCCUCCGAGCUGGAACCAUGGAAGCUAAAGAAAACGCCGCAGCUACUCUCUUUAGCCUUUCUUUAGCUGAUGAGAACAAGAUCAUAAUAGGCGCAUCGGGUGCGAUACCGGCCUUAGUGGAUCUACUUGAGAACGGUAGCGCCAGAGGGAAGAAAGACGCUGCUACGGCUUUGUUCAACUUGUGUAUUUAUCAAGGAAACAAAGGUAGAGCGGUUAGAGCCGGUAUUGUAAACCCAUUAGUGAAAAUGCUGACUGACUCGAGCCACAGAAUGGUCGAUGAAGCCUUGACCAUUCUCUCGGUUCUAGCUAGUAACCAAGACGCUAAAGCCGCGAUUUUGAAGGCGAACGCGAUACCACCAUUGAUAGAUCUUCUCCAAAAGGAUCAACCGAGAAACCGAGAGAACGCAGCCGCGAUAUUGCUUUCUCUUUGCAAGAGAGAUACUGAAAAACUUAUCUCCAUUGGUAGACUUGGAGCUGUUGUUCCAUUGAUGGAACUAUCAAGAGAUGGUACAGAGAGAGCUAAGAGGAAAGCUAAUUCUUUGCUUGAGCUUCUUCGUAAAUCAUCACAAUAA